AUGGAACGCCCCUCAUCCACCCUGGCGGUGCUGUCGCAGCGCGUCGAUGAAUUCGUGAAGCAACACAAGCAUCUCGAGACAGUGCGAAAUGCAAUCUUCCUCUUCGUCGUGCUGAGGUAUGGCGGCAAGGCGCUGUGGGCGCUUUACGACGUGGGCCUGGCGAGGAUGUGCCGCGAUCUGCGCGCCUACCUCGUGACGUUCUUCUUUGAGCGAGCGAGGAAGAUCCCCUACGUGAAGCGCAAGGUGGCAGAGGAGAUGGACAAGGUGUCGGCGUCUCUGCGGAAGACCCUGCUGGCGGGCAACGAGGGCAUGAUCUCGCACACGCGGCUGCCAGCGGAGGCUAUCGGCGCAGAGGACGUGCUGGCCGAGCUGCGAACCCUGCAGGAGAUGGGCCACCAUAAGUGGGAGGAGGGCCGCGUCUCCGGUACGGUCUACCACGGCGGCGCCGACAUCACCAGCAUCUCGUCUCGCGCCUACGAGAUGUUCAUCUGGAGCAAUCCCCUCCAUCCCGACGUGUUCCCCGGCGUGCGGAAGAUGGAAGCCGAAAUCAUUGCCAUGAUCGUCCACAUGUACAACGGCGGCCCGCAGGCGUGCGGAACGACGACGAGCGGCGGAACCGAGAGCAUCCUCAUGGCCAUGAAGGCCUACCGCGACUGGGGCCGCAAGGAGAAGGGCAUCACGGCGCCCGAGAUCGUGGCACCCGUGUCGGUGCACUGCGCCUUCGACAAGGCGGCCCACUACUUCGGCAUGAAGCUGGUCCACGUCCCGGUUGACCCCCAGACGCGCAGCGUAGACGUGCGCGCCGUUCGGCGGGCCAUCACCAGCAACACGGUGGCCAUCGUGGGCUCGGUGCCGAGCUACCCGCACGGCGCCAUCGACGACAUCGAGGCCCUGUCCGAGGUGGCCCUCCACUACGGCGUGGGCCUGCACGUCGACUGCUGUCUCGGCGGCUUCCUCAUCCCCUUCAUGGACAAGGCCGGCUUCAAGCUGCGACCGUUCGACUUCCGCCUGCCGGGCGUCACCUCCAUCUCGUGCGACACACACAAGUACGGCUACGCGCCCAAGGGCUCGUCGGUGGUCAUGUACAAGACCAAGGAGCUCCGCUCAUACCAGUACUUCGUUGCGUCCGACUGGACCGGCGGCAUCUACGCGUCGCCCACCAUCGCCGGCAGCCGACCGGGCGCCCUGCUGGCCGGCUGCUGGGCCACCAUGAUCAGCGUCGGCGAGGCCGGCUACGUCGCCUGCACCCGCGAGAUCAUCGCCGCCGCGAGGAAGCUCAGCGCCGCCAUCAAGAACAUCCGCGGCCUCAAGCUCUACGGCAACCCGCAGGUGUGCGUCGUGGCCUUCGGCUCGGACGACUUCGACAUUUACCUGCUCGGCGAGCAGCUCACCAAGAAGGGCUGGAACCUCAACUCCCUCCAGUACCCGUCGAGUAUCCACAUCUGCCUCACCUACGCCAACAAGGACUCAGCCGACGACCUCAUCCACGACCUCACCACCCUCACCGCCGAGCUCAUGAAGACGCCCGGCAAGGUCGCCCAGGGCGCCGGCGCCAUCUACGGCAUGGCUCAGGCCGUGCCCGACCGCACCAUCGUCGACCAGAUCGCGCGCUGCUUCAUCGACACCCUCUACGAGAACGUCGAGGAAGGAGCCCCCACCACCACCACACCCAGCUCCCCGCACAGCGACUAG